CUUCGACUCACACUCGACUGUUGCAAGAACAGCGAACAGCGAACAGCCUGACCAAUCCAUCUGGCUUUGCAUUCGAGAUUGCCUCGCUCACGCUCACACUCACGCUCACGCUCACGCUCACGCCCACGCCCACGCCCACACCCACGCCCACGCCCACACUCACACUCACACUCACGCUCACGCCCACGCCCACGCUCACACUCACACUCACACUCACACUCACACUCACGCCCACGCCCACGCUCACACUCACACUCACGCCCACGCACACUCCCCUCCUCAAAAGCAUGUCCUUCGUCCGACUAGGUACUCCCCUCUCCCUCAAGCCCUCUUCCUCAUCAUCCGGCACCGCCAGCAGCAGCAGCACAGCCUACAAACCAGCUUGGGAACAAGAAGUGCUGGAUGAGCAAGGAAGACGUCGUUUCCACGGCGCUUUCACCGGUGGUUAUUCGGCCGGAUACUUUAAUACCGUGGGAUCCAAAGAAGGAUGGGUGCCCAGUUCCUUCAUCUCCAGACGUCGCUCGCACAGACGGGAUGAUAAUGAUGCGGAGCAUGAUGAUGAUGAUGAUGAUGAUGGAGCAGCAGCAGCAGCAGGAUCAGCAGCAGCAGGAUCAGAUAAGAGGAGAAGGUUGAAUGCGCAGAGUCGAGGUGCAGCAGCAGCAGCAGCAGCAGCAGCAGCAGGUGCAAAUGGAAGAGCAGGAGCAGGAGCAGUGCAGAGGGUGGAGGAUUUCAUGGAUGAGGAGGAUAGGCAAUCGAUGAGCCUUGGCGUAGCUGCGCUCCAAACGCAGCGUCGGGACGCGUAUCGGUAUGAUCCCCUGUUGGGCGCACUGGGAGGUCCUGUUUCUACUCCCUCCCAUGCUCCUUCUCAUCAAACUGGCAUGGCAGAGCAGGCAGAUCCAAUCUCUGUCCGCACAUUUUCCAAAGGUCAAGAGCUUUUGGAACGUAUGGGCUGGAAACGCGGAACAGGUCUAGGUCCUCGCAUCUCCCUUUCCCGCUACCUCGAGCUUCUUCGUCUAUCAUCAUCACCAUCUUCAGCAGCAUCAAAAGACGCCGCCGCCGCAGAUGCCGUCGCACUGCUUUCCAAAGGCGAAGAGGAAUCUAUAAAGAAGCAUGGAGCGCUACCUCCCGAUAUGCCAUUGGUCACGCCUGAGAGCCAGAGGGGCGGUGCGAGCGUGGAUAGAAUGGACAGAAAAGUGGGCUUGGGAUACGAUGACGGGAGAGCUGGGGGUGCGGGUGCGGGUGCGGGUGGGGGUGCGGGUGUUGCCGGCCCGAGUCGAGCAAGAGACAUGCAAGAAGCUUUGCGUCUAGCUCGACAAGAACAGGCGCAAUCUGGGAUAAGGGGGGCAUUCGGAGUUGGAGCGUUGGAGGAUGAAGAGGGAGAUGAGGGGGAAGCGUACGCUUCGGGCAUGGACCUGCUUCGACAACGUGUGGAUUUCGAGAAAUGGGAAGCUGGCUUGAGAGGUGCCAAAUCGGCAAAUGGAGAGCUUGCCAUGCGUGAGGGACUCAAACGUGGAGACGAAUCACGUGCAGAGCGUGCAGAUCAGUCGAACAAGCAGGAGUCGAGACGCGGCAAGUUAGGAGAGGAUGAGAGGGAUGAGAGGAGAUGGCAAGAUGGACGGGUCUUGCCCAAAGGAUUUCUGGUGGGCGAUAAGUUGGGCGGCGAGGAAGAAGAAUGGUACGCGCCGCCGGAAGUGCCGCCCGGCUGGACACCUGAUCCCCAGUCUGUCUGGGGUGCGGAGAAGGAGAAGGACGGGCCUCAGGGAUCGGCAUCUGCGUCAGCUUUGCAAGCUCGGGACCGCGCAAAGAUGCUGGGAGAAGCCCCGAUGCCUGGACCACCGCCUAGCAUCCUGAAUUAUCUCUCUGCCAAGGACAGGGAAAGGCUAGAGGCGUCCAAAGCUACCGCGCAGGGGCGCAAUGCCACCGCAAAUGCUGGCGCGCCUUCAGCUGUCAAAGUGGACGUACCGCGCACCGAACAGGGUGUUGCCCUGGCGGCUCUGAAAGGAGGCUACCAGCCAUUUCCGGAAGACUUGCAGAAGCAACAACGCUACGAACGAUACUUGCAAGCGCAAGCUGGGGUGGACGUGGAAGGAGAAAGUGCGCACGGCGAUACCAUCGCUUCUACAUGUCUCGCCGCCCACGCGGGCCAUGCGGAGCAGGCGAAUCAGGAACUGCGAGAGUUUCAAAAGAGCGCCAACAUCUUCAGACCUAUGAGCAGCGCCAUGUCUUCGCGAUUCAUUGGUAGCAGCAGCAGCAGCUCCUUGAGCGGCCCUUCUGCACAAAGAUCAGUAGAUGCAGCGCAAGCUGGGGAUGUGCAACCUCUUCGACCGGGUCUUUAUCAGCCUACGCCCAAAUCCGCUUCGGAGCGCGCAAAGAAAGAUGCCAGAUUACCUGCUCCUUCUGCAGACUCGGGCUCGGGCUCGCAGUCGGACACUGCAGACUCGGGCUCGUCGACCUUGACGCCAGCGCAACAGGCAGCAAAGAAGCGCAUGUUCGGUGCGCUCACGCGCAGGACGCGCAAGUGGAAGGUGGAGAGGUUACUGUGCAAGAGGUUGGGCGUACCCGCUCCUGGCCAUGUCGAGGAAGAUGAGGAGGAGGAGGAGGCGGAGGAUGUGGCGGUGAAAAAGCAUGCGAAGACCACGGAUUCGGGCUCUACGUGGCAUGCUCACAAGGCGAGCAUCGAAGCGCUAGCUCGCGCUCGAGCUUGGGAAUCCUCCGCCGGCGCCAGCGCCGGCUCCUCUGAUGCCUCGAAGCGAGGAGAUUCCGGCGCUGCGGCGGAGGAGCAAAAGGAGGCCAAGGACGACGAUUUGAAUACGGUAGGCGUGGGAGAGGAUCAGAGGCAGAUGAAAGAGCUGGACUUUGUCAGACCUGCCUUGGACAUUUUUAAAGCCGUCUUUGCUUCCGACGAGUCGGACGAGGAGGAGGAGGAGGAGGAGGAGGAGAGGAAAGGUGCGAGGGAUAAGCUUCUCGUCGAUGCUAGGUCCAGCAGCGGUUCCAAGGCGGCAGCAAGCGGAAGGGACGAGGAGGAGAUGGCUAGAGGAGAAUCUUUGGCGGAACACAGCGACGGACCUCUUGCUCCUACCUCUUCCAGCAUUGCAGGCGAUAUCGCAAAGACGACGAUAAGAGCAUCGCUCUCGUCCGCUCCCGGCAAGGUGCUUUUCAGACGACCACCACCUGCUGCUGAGGGGCAAAAGGAGGAGAAGAAAACGAAGAGGAAGGAGAGGGGGGGAAAGAAGGAGAGGGCAAAGGGAAUGCUGCUGACUUUUGAUCUGGACGAGGAAUGAGCGCCGAUUGGACAGAGUGCGGCAGG